AUGUACCCGGCCGAGCUCGCCAGCGUCCCGUACCUGUCGGCUGCGACUGCGACCGCCGCCUUCAGGCCUCAUUACCAGGUAGCUCCAGAUGACUUCCUCUUCCAGUACAACGGCGGCGGCCUCCUGGUUCCUCAGGCGACGUCGCCCCCCUGCUCCUCGUACCAGCAGCACGACGUCGUCGGCCAGCUGCUCCACGAGGUCGCCGGCGGCGGGCUCCUCCUCCCGUUCGGGGCCAGGUCGUCCAACUCGGACGAGUCGGACGAGUACCACCACCACCACCAGGCGGCGCACUGCAGCAGCAGCCUCGCGGAGGAGCGGCGGCGGCGGCGGAUGGUGUCCAACCGGGAGUCGGCGCGGCGGUCGCGCAUGAGGAAGCAGAAGCAGCUGAGCGAGCUGUGGGCGCAGGUGGUGCACCUCCGCGGCGCCAACCGCCAGCUGCUCGACCAGCUCAACCGCGUCAUCAGGGACUGCGACCGCGUGCUGCGCGACAACUCCGGCCUCAGGGCCGAGCAGGCCGAGCUGCGGGAGCGGCUCGAGAAGCUGCCUGCUGUGCCAGUGGCCGUGGCCGUCGAGGAAGCGGGACAAGUUGAGCUUGCUGCUGCCCAGGGUGAUAUGAUCGACUAG